AAAUUACAUGGAGGCUCAGGGCAAAGUCGCCCCCAAAAUGCCCUAGAGAGCCCAAAGAAGAGCUCUGGGGAAAAAUUCAAUGCUUCUCUUUUAUAGGUGUAAACAUUUUCAAACUGAUAUACAAUGUACGUGUACCUCAGAUUGAUAUAAUUAUAAUAAUUAUAUUUUUGUUAGAGUGUUGUAUGCAACAAUAAAUCUAUAUUUUAUCCUUUUUUCUUUGCAGAGCUGUUGGUAAGACAUGUCUUCUCAUCAGUUACACCACAAAUGCUUUCCCUGGAGAAUACAUCCCUACUGUGUUUGAUAAUUACUCUGCCAAUGUGAUGGUUGAUGGUCGUCCAGUGAACUUAGGAUUAUGGGAUACUGCUGGUCAGGAAGAUUAUGACAGGCUGAGACCACUCUCAUACCCCCAAACAGAUGUAUUUCUCAUCUGCUUUUCACUGGUGAGCCCUGCAUCCUUUGACAAUGUGCGAGCCAAGUGGUAUCCAGAAGUUAGCCAUCAUUGUCCCAACACACCUAUCAUCUUGGUGGGAACCAAGUUGGAUCUUCGGGAAGAUAAAGAGACGGUUGAUAAGCUAGCCCAAAGGAACACCUCACCCAUCACAUACCCCAAGGGUCUGCAGAUGAUGAAGGAGAUCAAUGGUGUCAAGUACUUGGAAUGCUCUGCUCUUACUCAAAAAGGCCUCAAGACAGUUUUUGAUGAAGCCAUCAGAGCGGUACUUUGUCCAGAUCAACAUAAGAAGAAGAAGAAGGGCAAGAAUUGUAAAUUAAUCUGAAGAUAUACAAGGUCGUCUUCAUACCGCAUUAUGAGUUCUUAUACAUACAUACUUCUGGCAUAAGCGUUAUAUGCGCCAGGAAACAUCACUUCAAGUGAAAGAAUUAUUUUUCUACUUGAGAAAAAUUAUGUCAUUUUGAUCAAAGGGUUUUAACAAAUAUUUGUGGUAUCAAGAGGUGUUACCUCCACACAGCAAACUCUGUACUUAUUCUUAUUUGUACUUUAUAUUUCAUUUUGGGGAUUACAAUUUCUUUUUCGUAAUGUAAAUUCAUUCUUCCAUUAUUCUUUCUUUGGUUUUUUUUAUGUCAUAAAAUAUUGAAAGUUUUUAUCGAAAGGUCAUAUUUUGUUGAUCAACCAACCAUGACCUUUCGAUAAAAACAGCACUGUCAAAAGAUUGCCAUAUCACUUGUGGUCUCAAUGUGUUUGAGUUUCGAUGAAGUAAACAGUUUUUUUUUUCAAGGUGUAUGUGAAAGUUCAAGUUAAUUAUUGCACAGAUAAUGUGGUUCAGUUUUGCAUGUGUUUUAUAUGUAUAAACUUUGUAUUAUUUUGAGUUUGGAGUUAGCAUUUUACUUGCUAACUUGUUUACAGGAUUAUGUAUUUAUGUUAUGAACUUAUAUCAAACAAAGAAUAGAUUUGAACAACAAUAUUUUGAUGAGUGGAUUAUAAAACUGAGUUUGCAUGGGAAUUUGGAACAACAAACAAACAAUAAUGGAAUGGUUUAUGGUAUAUAAUCAUGUGAUAAUCCUGAAGAAAAAAUCUUUUUAUAUUCUUCUACGAGAUACUGGUAGCUUUUACCCAUGGAAAAAUACUGAUCUCAUUCUCAGUUAUCAUAUGGUAAUGUACUGUGAACGCACACCAUGAAAACAUUUCAAAGAUCAUUCGACAACAAACAAUUUAAAGGCUUUCUGUUUGAUUGAAGAUAAGCUGCAAGCAAUUUAAGUUAAAGGGAUAGUAUGGGGCAUGUAAAUUACACAGUUCCAAAAUUCUUGCAUAUAGAUUAAUCUGUAUGAGAUGAAUUUAAUGGUCAGAUGACCAGAGACACUACACGUGUUAAAUGAUAAGACUUUUACUCUACUUGUAAAAGACUGUCUACUUAUAUCCAUAGUUUAUUAUUGUCGCAAUAAAGAUUCAUAACCAGAGAUAUAUACAUGUAUAUAUUAUGCUGCAGACAAGAUCAGAGGAAACUAUAAUGUUGGGUUCAUAGUCAGUGGCUUGUUCUUCAUCAGCAAAAGGGAGUAACUCUCUUUUGAAAGGGUAAAUGUUUUAUCACUACUUGGAAAAGAAAAAAAAGUUCUAAUGAGGAAUGAUAUGGCAGACUUAAGACUUUCUUUUUCAGUGGGAUCAAAAUCUUUGACGUGGCAUAGUGUUUUUAUGAUGAGAUUGACAACAGGAAUUUGGACAGGAUUCCAUCCGAUUGUUUAUUAUGUCAACAGAACCAAAAAAAAUUGAUUUUAUUGAAAUUGGGAGGUUUUGUCACUCCAGCGUUGAUACAUUCACUUUUCUUAAAUCACGCCAGUAACUUGAAACCUUUUGCAAGCAUAGCUUAGCAUAGGUCCAUAUAUUAUCAGUGCCAUACAGACUAUCUUGCAAGAACCCCUCAAGUUAGUACAUGUUGAGGUUCCUCUCAGAAUACAUUAUUUUGUUUAUGAUUUUGUUUGUUUCCCACAUUCCAAAGACAAACAUGUUCUUUUUACCAAUGUCUUCCAUUGAAUAUAUCCACAAAAAUCAUUAUAGAUUAUGAAGUUUACAAAUUUUCCAGUUUCUAGUCACAUUACGCAGAUAUUGCAUAAUUCAAUUUGAAAGGAAAGCAAGUAUGGCUGAUUUGUUUGCCAUUUUUCUUCUUUAUUUCACCCUGAUAUGAUCAAAUACGAAAUACUGAAAAGAAAGCUUCAUGCAUAUGUAUUUGCAUGUUUCAACUUUCUUUAUAUAGAAAUGAAAUAUUUGGUCAAAGUUUGAAUUUGUAUAGCUUUGAUAUUGGGGUUUGUGCGGCUAAACUUACAUUUGAAAGCAAAAAUCUUAGUUGCGAGUCUAGAGUAUAGUAGCUAGUCAUCAAACAGCUCACUUGCAAUGUUUGGUCCUCUUGUACAUGAAAUAUGUAUAUAGAUUUUGUAUGAUGGGCAAUUUUUCCAUUGUAGAUAAAAUGAAACAGAUUUUGGUUUGUUUUUAUUUCGGGAAGGGAUGAAAUUCUAACCCACAACAAAAAAUAAGAAUCGGGGACAACAGUUUUUAUACUAUGCGCGCCUAAGAUUUUUGAUUUAUUAGAAUAUGAAGAUUUUAUAUUUUCAAGUGCUUUUCACUAGGCCUGGGGAUGAUGUUUGAAUAUUCAAAAUAAUUGAAUACAUGUAUCUCUUCACCAACCUAAAACCUGAACUAUUACUUUUUCACUGCUUGAAUAUUCGUUCCAGAGUGAUGGUUAUACCCCCAUCAACAGUGAUGUAUCACAUCAGACAAUAAAAAAUGCCAUAUCAUUUUUGCUUUGCGAUGUGUAUUUGACAAAUUCUUUAUGGCACGAUCAUGUCAUCUAAUGUCUCUGCACAGCAAAUCCCAAUUGCAUGGGCAAAAUUGCACGAAAUACAAAUGAUCAAAUUAUUUUGAGAACUUUAGUAGUAAAUUACUUCCCAGGCCUACUUUUAACCACAUUGUCACUGCUUCACUUUUUUUUCCUCCGAUUUAAAUAUCAUGUUAUAAGUGUUUUAGUGUGUUCUGUACAUAAACAUGAAACAACGUACAGUAAUUAUCACCAUACCAAUAUCAGGAAAGGGCAGAUGAGGCGGGGGGGGGGGGGGGGGGGGUAGAGAGAGGGUGGGGUGGAUAGUAUAGUAGAUCUUUAUAAUUGCAAGGUUCUUAUACUCCUGAUAUGGAAGGGGGGGUGCAUGAGGGGAUUGGAGAAUCCAUUUUUAAAAACUUUUUUAUCAUGAUUUAUAUUACAUUUCAUACAUUAUGCAAACUGUAAAUAGAUUUUUUGAAUUCCCCAUGCUGAAUUAUCAGAAAUUUUCAGAUCUGACAUUUUGAGAAGUUUAUUUCAGCAUUUCUUCCAGGCUCCAAAAUGCGAAACAUAUUUUAGUCUGUAUGAAGGUGCACAAUUUUUUUUUCACUUUGAUAUAAAUUAGCAUGAAUUUACCACUAUAAUCAUAUAUGCAGGUCAGUAUAUUUUAUGAUUUUUGUUUUUCUUUUUUCAUUUAUCUCUGUUAGUCUACCUGAUAAUAAUGUUGUAAUGUUGAUCAAACAUACUUUUUCUUUUUCUGCUAAAUGUCAUGUUUGAAAUAUGUACAAGUUAAUACAGACUGAUUUGUUUUCUUUAACACACUCGUCAGACUGUUGAGAUCAGACAAAGAAUUGAUGGGGCUUGCCAUUGUUAAGACACAAUGGCUUUCCCUUCCAAUCUUUUGCCUUGGGGAUGUAAUAUAGGAGUGCCUUGAAUACCUAACAUGGUGGAUACAUGCACUGUAAACAUACAUCAUAUUAUUAUUUUCACAAGUAUUUAAAUGUGACUAAAAAUAGCAUUUUAAUUCCCAUUUGAGUUACAUACUGCAACUUAAUGAUUAACUCUAGUGGGAAUUAUAUGUUUUAGUACAUAAUGUGACUGGGAAUUUAAGUUCCAUUUAUAGUUUCAUUUAAAUCUUUGUGAAAAUAAUGCUUGUUGGCACUUAAGCAUGGCUGUUUAUCUGUCAUAACACUUUGUGAGACCACCCCCUGUGGUCAGAAUUUUCCGACAACAACCAGUCUGGAUAACAAAACAAAACAAUUUUUUUUUCUUUUGGGCUUCUUAAAAACAUGAUUUUACAUAAAAAUGCUUUCAAAGCGAAAUUUAUAUACGACCUGAUCUUAAGUUUGGUUUAGCACCGGUAUGUAGUACAUAAUUAUGUUUGAUUAUUAGUUUAGCCCCAAUACAACUAUAUCAUUAUUAUCUGUAUCACAAGCAUUGCAUGACUUUUGUGCCUAAUAGAAAGAUUUUAUGUAUCUAAAAGACAAAUAUUUUCCAGUUUAUUAUCACCUGAAUAUUAUAUCUUGUUAGAUUUGAACAUUAUAAAAUUAUAAGAAUAUGUAAUCAUGAAUAAUGUAACAAUAAAGGGAAAUAAAAAGGUAAA